AUGAAGCUCUGGAAGUCGAAGAAAAGUGCAACGGCCAGCUCGGCGGGCGGCGGAACGACGACCGGCUGUGCCGGUGGUGGAGCGCACAAGGGCGGCAUACUGUCGAAGAGCUGCAAAACCCUCGGCGGUGGUGGUAAGGCCAACGGAAGCGGCAGCUUCGACGAACACACCGCGGAGACAUCGUUCGUGACCCCGGCCGCUGCACCGGGGACCGACGGCACCGUCGCCGUGCUGUCCAGCAUGGUGCAACAUCUGCCCAGCAAUCUAUUCGUAGGUAGUGAGCGUGCUAUGAGCCCGGCCCAGUCGGAGGACUCCGGGCUGGCGGCCGACCGAGGCACCACGUACGCGACCAUUUCGAUCCCGCGCGAUAUCGGACAGAUCGGCAUCGUACUAGUGGAGCGCACGGACCUGUCACUGCCGCCGAUAGUGGAGUCCAUCGUCGGUCCCGUGGGCGAUCUGUUGGCACCGGGUGACCGGAUCCACCAGGUGGACGGCAUCUCGACCAUCGGGCUGAGUAACCAGCAUAUCUGCAGCAUCCUGGACCACGGCGAGGACCCGGCCGUGAUCGAGAUCGAGUACUCGUUCCCGGAAUACAUUUCCCAGAACAGCCUGUGCGUGACGACGAAGAUCGUGCAGAUCACGGUGGAGCGCGAAAACGGUUGCCUCGGGCUGACGCUGCGCGGCGGCGGCGAGUACCCGCUGGUGGUGACGAACGUCCGCCCGAACGGGCCCGUCUUCCGGGCGGGUCAGAUCAAACCGGGCGACCGGGUGCUGCGGGUCGAUAACAUAUCGCUGCUCAACAAGAGUCUCUCGGAAGCGCAGCACAUCCUGAAGGAUGCGCACGUGUCCGGGUACACCAGCCUGACGAUCGAGUACGACGUGUCCGUGAUGCAGACGGUCGAGCUAAGCCUGGGCCCGCUGCUGCUGGAGAUCGAGCGACCAUUGAACGAGAAGCUCGGCCUCGCCCUCAGCUACUACUCGAACGCGACCCAUCCGGCGGACCCGCUCUACCACAGCACCUACAAGCUCAACCAGGAGGUCGUCCCGGACGGUCUCUACAUUGCGAGCAUCAUGCCGGCCAGCAUCGCUGACAGAUGCGGUGCCCUGUCGGUCGGGGACCAGAUACUGGCGAUCGACGAAACGCUCGUUGAGGGCGGUGCCUGCACGCUGGAGGAGGCGACGGCACUGCUGGACGCGAACUGCGUGAAGGGCUACAGCCAACUCCACAUACUUCCCGCACACACGUUCGUGCGACGCCGCGGUUUCUCGUACUCCAGUCCCCGGUAUGGGUUCGCUACGGUCGACUCGCGGAAACAGCUAGGCGGCAGCAAGCAGCAUCGGCGCUUGCUGCGCAAGAGCUCCCUACCCCAGCCGAUGGAGGACCUGCACGCGGCACCGGCGCCCACUGUCAGCGGUCUGUGCAAGGCGGAGAAGAUCCACAUCAUUCUGGACUGCUCGCAGGGUUCCGGCAUUUGCUUGGGGCCGAAGACGGUGUGCGGCCGUGGGUUCGUGGUCGCCCAGGUCCUGCCCGACUCGGUCGCCGAGCGGUCCGGGUGCCUGCAGAAGGGCGACCGCAUCACGGCGGUCAACAAGAUGUGCAACCUGGAGGUGGGCGCGGUGCGCCAGAUACUGGGCGACUUCGGGCCGGUCGCGGCCGCGAACCACUACCACAACCAGCCGCAAACCUCGAACUGGGUGGAGCUCGAGGUAGAGUUCGACAUGGCGGACACGGUGGUACCGGCGAGCGGGGUGUUCACCAUCAAGCUGCUCAAGCACGGCCGGUACGGGCUCGGCAUCACGGUGAACGGCAACGGCAGCGAGUCGUUCGUCGUGUCGGAGGUGAAGCCGGGCAGUGCGGCGCACCGGACCGGGUCGCUGCGGGCCGGCGACGUGCUGCUGGCCGUGGACAAUCGGCCGCUCCAGCACUACAACCUCGACCAGCUGCUGAAGGAGAGCAGUAACGAGCUGAUCACGCUCACGGUGAAGCGCACCUCGGAGUCACCGAACUUCCUGCUCGAUGCCCGGCAGGAACCGAAGAGCUGCAGUGUGUACGGGUGCGCGGACGAUACGGACUUCGCGUACGGUCACAGGUAAGAUGGGAACACUACGCUCGAACGCUCGUUCCAAGGCGAAGAACAGCGUUUACGUCAUCCGGUCUGGUCGAACGCGCUGGUUCCGUACGAGGUGUCGGCUGGCGACGCUACCUCACCGAGCACCGAGCAAAACUUGCCACUUCCCCCGGCCCACCUACUAAGCGGCGACCAGGGAGAGCCGAGCGGGGAUGGGGAUCGCUAUGACGACAUCAUGCACUACAAGAUGGCGUCCAUGAACAUUGCCAACUACGUCGGCUACAGUGCCAUCGGUAGCUUCCCGAAGAGUCAGUCAGCUACCGGCUUCAGCCACGAGCAGCCGUCACCGCCACCACCCCCGCAGCGGCAUCAGCUGCAGCAGCAGCAGCAGCAGCGGGUGUUCAACGUGCGCCUAGAGCCGGACGGUGGCCCGCUCGGUAUUACGCUGGCGGCCAGCGAAGACCUGCAGAAGCCGAUCAAGAUCAGUGCGCUGACGGAGGGCGGCAUCGCGUACAACACGGGCCAGCUGCAGCUCGGCGAUCGGCUGCUGGCGAUCAACGGGGAAAGCAUCGUCGGCAUCCCGCUGACGACCGCCACCAAGCUGCUCCAGAAGUUCGACAACGCCGUAGACCUGCAGAUUGCGCGCCCAGUCACCCCGGACCCGCAGGGCGGCGGCGGCGGCGGCGGCGGCGGUGACGAGAAGGCGGGCGCGGUGUAUGCGCAGGUUCAGCAACGGCCGCGCAGCCCGGUGCUGGACGCAAAAGGUGCUGGUUCCAGCUCGGCAACCGGCGAGGUGAACCAGCGAACGCUGCAGGUGACGCUGUUCAAGGAUCGCGUCUACGACGACUACGGGUUCUCGGUGUCCGACGGGCUGUACGAGCGGGGCGUCUAUAUCAACCGGAUCCGCUCCGGUGGUCCGGCCGAUAUGGCCGGCCUUUUGCGUCCCUUCGAUCGGAUCGUACAGGUGAACGGUACCAAAACCCAGGACUUCGACUGCUGCCUCACCGUACCGCUGAUAGCGGCCGCCGGCGACAAGAUAGAGCUCGCCAUACAGCGCACCCUGUCCGAGUAGGACGGUGCGGACUUCCGGGCGCUCUUUAGACUGUAACCCGAUUUUCCCGGUGACGCCCCAAUUCCCUAUGCUAAUAUCUCUCUCUCUCUCUCUCUCUCUCUAGAACCCAUACUUACUUCGCUAACUAUUUGCUAUUUUUUCCCCCCCGAUUUUUUGCAACUUCGCACACGCCAGAUCGACUAACACACGCAAACUCAUUG